CCCCCAUUUGAUUCAGGUGAAUCAACUGACUCAAGAGAUGGAUUCUCAGACACAGACAGCUCCAGGUAUGAGACCGCAGACUCCAUAGCAUACAAUGGUGAUCCUCCAACUCCACAAGAACCAAUUCAGAUACAAAAGAAUGACAUACUCUGUAACAAGUCUGUACAAUACAGAGUAUUUGACUUAAUUGGAGAAGGAGGCUUUGGAAAAGUAGCCAAGUGUGUCAACUUGAAAACAAAGGAGAUUACGGCCAUCAAGAUCCACAAAGACUUUAUAGAUCACAUCACAGAAGUGAAAAUGCUGAAACAACUCAGGACCCUUGACCCAGAGGAAAACAACUUGGUGAGAUUCGAAGACAGUUUCAUAUUCAAAGGCAUGUCUUGCAUCGCCUUCCAGAUGCUGGACAUGAACCUUUGGGAUUUGAUGGAUCAGAGACAGGCACCACUGACCCUUAAUGAAAUCUGCCCCAUAACACGUCAGCUACUUGUAGCAUUUAAAGCCCUGAAGGGUAUCGGCAUCCUUCACACAGACCUGAAACCUGACAAUGUUAUGAUCGUCAACCACCAGGAUGAGCCCUUCAAGGUGAAAUUAAUUGACUUUGGUUUGGCCAUUCCAGCCUCAGAAGUAAGAGAAGGAAUGAUUGUGCAAACUUGUGCAUACAGAGCUCCAGAGGUGACCUUGGGCCUCCCCAUAUCUGAAGCCAUCGACAUGUGGGCACUGGGCUGUGUCCUGGCAGAACUGUUUUUUGGCGGGAACCUCUUCAAUGAAGACUCAACAUACAACGUAAUGAAAACUGUUUGCCAUCUACUCGGCCAGCCAGAAGACCACCUGCUGAAUGCUGGAAAGUACACCAACCACUAUUUCAACAGGGAUUACUGCUCUCCCAAUUCAAGAUGGAGACUAAAGACAUCAAAAGAGUUCAAGGAGGCAACCGGUAUCCAGACAAUUUCAAAUUGGAUUUUCGACACUGUCGGAACUUUGGAUGAAGCAGUAGAGUUCUACUCAAAUGCAAAUACUUGUGUUGAACAUGAAGACAUAAUGGCAUUUUUAAAUCUCCUAAAACGGUUGCUCGAUCCAAAUGCUGCAACAAGAAUCACCCCCAGUGAAGCCUUAAACCAUUGUUUCGUUACAAUGGCUCACAUGGAAGAUCACAUGGAUACCUAUUCUUAUCCAAAUGCUGCCUAUGAUUUGAUGGUCGAUGGUAGCAUACAACUGUGAUCCGCCAACUCCAC